AUGCACUCGGGAACAUUUGAGUACGAGCCAACAAUCGAUGAUACGUAUCAAGUAUUGCUAGAAGAAGGAGAUCGACCUCGGGAAGUUUUAAUCUUUCAUGAUACUGGUGGUGUACCGGAUAACGGUCCAGCAGAGCUGAAACGACCAUAUCUUCAAGUAAGUUUGUUUCUUAAUAGGAAGACAAGUGAUAAGAUGAUUGUUGCCUAG